AUGCCCGCUGCUCCUUCCGCCUCCACCUCGGGCAGCGCAGGCGGCAUCGCCGUCUUUGAGCCAACACGCUUCGAGCGCCUGCAUCGCAUCAUCAACGAAGCCGCAUCCAACCCCAUCCGCCUUUCUCGCUCCAAUGACUGGUUCGUCACCAUCGACAGAAACCGUUCCGACCUAGCAGAUCUCGGCAAGGUUCGUCCACCAUCCGAAGCCGAACGCAAAGAGAUCGAGUCGGGCAAGAUCACCAUCAAUGGCAACACACAGAACCUCAAUCCCGACUUUGCCCAGCAGUCGCUACUGCUCUCGCGAGAACUCGCCGUCUCGGAGCACUAUGCUGCUUCUUUGCUCCAACAAGGUCUCGCUGGCCGCGCCAAAUGGGGUCGUCCUGCUGUCGAAGUCGCAUGCAUCCUUUACCACCGCGAACGACUUGCCUUGCUUGCGUGUCUGAAGGAGCUGCUUCGAAAUGCACUCACCAUGCCCUUUGAUGACGAUGUCGAAGCACAGCGCAUGGGCAUCAAGAUGGAGCAGCUCGUCGAGUCGCUCGUCAGCAUCGAGACUUCUGUUGGCUCCGGUUCCACCUCUACGCGCAAAGUCACCCUUGCCGAAAGGAUCCUUGUCGAGAUCGACAACGCGAAACAAUCAGCAGCACGCGUCAAAGCAUCUCUCGAAUCGCCAAGCAACAACACUGCCAAUCAAGGCAUCCAGACACAGACCUCCAACUUCUUCGGUCUCAGCGCUAGCCAGGCCGCGUCUCAGUCAGCAUCCGUCUCCAAUCCCACGAGCGGCAGACUCAGCGACGAGAUCCAGCUGGACCGUCUCGGGUGGCUGCGAGAAGAGCGACGCGAACUAGGGCAUCUACUCUACUUGCUUUCCAUCUCAUCCCUUCUCACGCCUUCCAACAUCUCGGCGAUUCUCCGCUGGCUCGCUGCCGUCUCUGCAGAGACAUACGACGAGAUGACCAUCUACAUCCUCACCGCGCUCCUUGGCGCGAUCGAUGCAACGCCAGAGGCACGAGCUGCCAUGGCCGAUCGCGCAAGCAGAGGCACGCUCCGCAAGACCGUCGAAGCGCUGCUGGACGACGAGUCUUUCAUCACUUCCACACAUGCCGAGAUCACACGCAAGAAGUGGGCGCUAGGCGAGCUCAAUAGUGCUGUCGCACUCCAAUGGUCCAUCUUCCUGGUCGAAGCCUUCUCGCGCAACCCCAGCUACCGCAAUCAGCUCUCCAUUUCGGAAGAGCAGAUUCAGGACCUCGUACUUCUGUCCAUCACCGGCUCAUCACUCUCCAAGGACUCAACACCGGCAGGCAACGCCGACGACCCUACCGGUGGCGCGUCCAUCUUCCUCGUCGUUCGCGUCCUCGCAUUCCGCCAAAGAACCAUUGAUGCGCUCUUCGGCGAAGAGGAGGAUGCGGUCGCCGCCGAGGCAGACGCAGCUGCCGGUGAGGUAGCUGACACCAACGCUUGGGAUGACGAGGUGGACACCGAGUUCCGCGAGUACGUCGUCCAACAGCUCCACAACCUGGCUGUCGGUACCACCUCGGUCAUGCUGCCCAUGCUUCGACGCAUUCAGCGCUCCGAGGAGGAUGCCGCUUUCGCUCUGUCGAGAGGCGUCGGCGCACGAGGUGGCUCAGUGCCACAGCGCAGAUACGACAUCGAGGCACUCUUCGAUCUGAUCGCAUUGCUCUGCCGUGGCCGACCCGAGGCAGGCCUGCCUUUCUGGGUAGGGCCGGACAACCGCACAACGCGUUUCCUGGCUUGGGCCAUCGACGUUCGCGAGCCAGGCCAUCAACGAGCGUUGCUCAACAUGCUUGCUUCCAUGUCAUCGGGUCCUCAAAGUGCCAGCCAGGCCUACGCAUUGCUCGAUCAGGAGAGCACCCAAAGCGGCGCUGCCGGCGAAGGACGCCUCGUCUCCUGGACGCGCUUCUUCGAGUGGAUCAGCUACUACAUCGACACCUUCCACCAAGCCGUCAACUCGUCGUCGUUCCACGCUUCCAGCUACCAGUCGCUGGCCAUGCCAAAGAACGAGGAGACGCUCCUGAUCGGCUUUGUGCGACUCUUCCGAAAUGUCGUCUACUUUUCGCAUCCGGCUCGCGACGCCCUGCUGCAAAACUCAUCCUACAAUGCGCUGGACAAGCUCUUUUCGCUGCUCACCUGUCCGGUCCCGGUCGAGCUCAAGGCGAGCAUCCUCGACGCAUUAGCCGCCUUCUUGCAUCAGUCGACCAACAAUCCAGACGCUCAAGCUCGAUUCUCGGCGAUCGCGACGCAGCUCUGGGACCGCUUCGACGAGUGUGGCCUGCUCCCCUCGGACGCUUCCGCUGCCGCCAAGUCGCGACUUAACGGCAAUGUCAAUGGUGCGACCUCUGGCUCCUUCGGCCCCGCUUUCAAGCCUCUCGCCUCCAAAGGCGUGAUCUACGAGCUCGAGAACUUCGAGGUACCGCUGCGCGCCUUCCCCGGCUCCACCAGCUUCGUCAACUUCCUUAAGGCGCUGGUCCAAUUGCCUCCCGUCGCGCCUGCAGCGGGCUCGGCUGCACUCUCAGACACCACUGCAGCCUCAAGUACGGGCGCCAAUCCGUUCGGUUCCAUCGUCUCUUACGGCCAGCAAGCACAGCAACAGCAGAUUCAGGGGCAAAUGCAGCCAGCGUACCAGUCGCAACAACGAAGGCAAUUCCGGUCAGUGGAGCCGUACGUCGACUUUGUCAUCGAUCAGGUCUUCCUGAAAGCACGCGCUCGUGACUACGCCGAGCCUGCCGAGCAAUGGCGCGUGGUCGCCUCGUGUCUCGAGUUUGUCGAGCGCUCGCUGCGCUCGUACGACCUUGCAGCUCUUCUCCGCAACAGCGAAGGCGCUGACGCCGUUUCUGACCCUACUCUCCUCACUCAGCUGGCUUCUCAUCCCGGUUUCUUCUUGAUGCGCCGCAUCCUGACGGGAUCCAAGAUGGUCGGUGAGAUGCUCGGCAUCCUCGUGCCAGGCUCCGGUCUCGCCGCUUUCGAGGCCAUCAACCAGAACCGCGCCAGCACUUUCUUCUACGGCAGCUCCGUGCGACAUGUUCUCAGCAUUCUUGACCGCGUGCUGCGGUACCAGGACCUUUACGCGCAAGUAUUGAUCCCAACAUUGGUUGACAGCAGCCUCAACGGCACACAGCUCCCAUUCGACGUUUCGGCUCGUGUCGGCAAUGCGGGAUCCUACAGCAGCUUCGACGUCCAGCUCCUGCAUGCCCACGAGUCUGUGGUGCAGAUCGCUCUGCUCGUCAAUUGCGUCCGCGACGAUGUCGCCUUGCUUUCGAUCCGCUUGCUCAGCCUCAUUGCACGUACAGCCGCCUUCAGUGCAGUGGACCGUUUUGGCGAGAUGGGCUACCGUCGCAAGAUGAAUCGUCUCGUCGGCCUGCUCGAGAUGAGCGACGAGGCCGGUCGCGUCAAGGCAGGCUACGUCAGCAGGCUCGAAGCAGAACCAUCCGGCGACGCUGGAAGCGCAAAAGCGAUAGAGGCCCUGAACGCUCUGGCCGGAGGCGCUGACCUCGAGGACGCUGAGGACGCCGAUCUGCAGGCCCCCAACGGCAGCCUGGACGCCAUCACCGCUCUGGCAUCCGGCGACGCAGUCGAGGCGAUUCAGAUCGCUAUCAUCAACCUCUUGCUUGCCGGCACCGAGCUCAACCAGCCCGCUCCCAACGUCGCACAUCUGUUGCUCGGCUACGACCUGCGCGCUAUUCGCCCCGAGGAGCAAGUGAUUGUGGAUCCUGAUGCGCAGACGGCUGCACCGAGCGCCAUUCACGCCAUCUUGGCGCUUCUGCGCCCUGAGUCCGACAGCGAUGGCACGACCUUCCUCAGCCUUGCCGAGCGAUCGCCUGGCUUUGCGGACAAGUGUUGUUCGCUCAUCCUGCGCCUCUGCACUCAUCCGUUCACGAGCGCAGCGACGCUCCGAUACCUGCGCACCAAAGAGGACUUUGUCGUCCAGCAGCUGCGAAGCCUGCCGCUCGUACCUGCCGAGCGCGGUACCUUGACCUCCAGCUCGGCCGCUCUGGGUGUGGUGCAAUUUGCCGACGGCCAAGGCAUCGAGACGACGGUGGACCGCGUCACUGCUUCGCUGCGCAUGCGGGCCUCGCUGCUCGAGCUCACUGCGCUGGAACUGCAUUCGCUUCUCAACGCCGGCAUGCAAACAAGAGCAGCGCGCGUCGUGGCGGCACUCUUCGGUCCCAAUGCGACAGCAGGCGGAGGCAACGGCGUGGACGCAGACGACAGCAUCGACGAGGACGAUCUCCUGCUCGGAACAGAACGAGACUUCCGUCUGGGCGCUGGCGGUGCUGAAGUCCGCACCUUCGGCGGUGUCCGCUUCCUCGAGAUUCUGCAGAGCCUCGACUUUGAGUGGUAUGACGACCGCGAGGCCCUCGGACAAAGCAUCACCGUCAUUACGCCAGAGCAGCUGGACUUCGCCAAGCGACCCGAUGCUGCAGCGGGCCCUCGCAUGUUCGACCUCGGUGCUGUCCUCGCCGUCCUCGUGCGGGAAAAGACACUGCUUCAGCAGAAAGGCAACUUGAGGGAUGCUGGCCAGGCCGACCCCUUCCUGGAGCAAGCAGCUUUCGUGCUGCAGUGGGCUUCAGCUCAGAACGCAAAGAAGGCAGUGGCAUUCUCUCGUCGACGCGUGCUGCAGGCGUGGCGACACACACUCGACAUGGUCCUGGCGCGCGCUGCCGGUCUGUUGCGCACCGAGGUCCGAUCCAGUCUGAUGUUCGACUGCCUUGCGGAGCUUCUCCCCCGUAUUUCGGCGCCUUCCGCAGAUGCUGGUGGCCUCGACGUGCCAUCUGCCGACCUUGUUGCUGGUGCCGUGCUCUCGUUGCUCACCUCACUGCGACAACAUCGCGUCGAGCUGACGACAGGCGCACUUGAUAUCGAGGCGGUCGAUGCACUCCCCGUCGACAGGCUACUCACGACGCUGCGCGCGCUCAUUGAUUCGGUGCUCCGACUGGACACCACGACGGUGGCUCGCGGCAAUCUCUAUUCGGCGCUCAUCAACUUCCUUCAGCUGGUUCAGACCGGGAGCGGUGCCGAUACUAGCGGCGAAGCAGGCGCCAACGACGGCGCCUCCGUCAUCGCCACUGACCUCGAUGACGCCAUGUCAGUGGGCGGUAUCUCGACCACGACCACCAACAUCUUUGGUGGCAGAGCUCAGACGAGCGGCUUGGAAGCACGUACCCGCGCCCUGCUCCUCUCGCAUGCUGAGCGUCUGAUGGAUGUGCUUGGCCGCGACGCUCUGGACGCUAGCGAUCUGUCUAAGACCAUUGCCUUCACGCUGCUCGACAAGCUGUGCGCCCUCGACGCCCCAGCCUCCGUCAGCGCCUCCUCGCGUCGUGCCGGCUCGAAGUGCCUCGAUGUGCUCGACCGCAAAGGAUACAUCAAGAGUUUCGUCACGGCGCUGCGCGACUCGGAUGUGGUUCUGCAAGUGACGCUUCGUCCAGACCCUGCCAGCCUGAACGCUCUCUACGUGUACGAAGCGCGACUGGCGUUCUUCAACCGUAUGGCGCAGACGCGCGACGGUGCCGAGCGACUCCUGAACGCCAAGAUCUUCGACGUGCUUGCCCAAUCUGACUACCUGGCAGCACGUCCUGAUCAAGAUCAAGAGUUUGUCGAUCUGGACAGCUUCCUCCCCGCAGCCACCGAGCGAUACAAUGCACUGCUGACGCCUGUCCUCCAGCUGACGACCAGCAUCCUUGCCAGCGCAUCGGCUGGCUCUGCUCUUGGCGGAGCAUCGAGCCAAGGCAUCUCCAAGGCGUUGGCGCCGACAUCGGCCGCGGCGGCGCCUCGACACGCGCUGGCGCUGUUGACUGCUCAUCGAGAUGCACUCCUGACGGUUCUGCGUGCUCCUCUGCAAGAGUUUUGCUCGUCCGCCCAGCUCAGCCAGGCGCAUCUGGUCGUUGCCAUCUUCGUCCUGAUCAUGCCCUCGCUCGACGAUGACGCUCAGCAAGCACCGAGCCCGCUCGCACCAUUCCACAGCGCCAUUAUCGCCUUUGCGGCUGUCUACCUGACGGCUUCCUCCUGGCGAUCGCGCAUCGUGCCCUACACCGAGGUCGAGCGUGAAGAGUCGCGCGAGCCGACCGCAUCCCUGCGCGCGCUGCGUGCCUCCAGCGAGGCACCGAAUGGUGGUGGCAAUGGCGCAGCGGAAGAGGAAAGUGCGUUCAGCGCCAAGGUAAACGCCAUGGUGGUGAGGCUGCAGAUGACGCUGCUUUCUUACCUGGAGGCGGCCAGCGAUGCCCGCGGCAGCAAGACUUCCAGAGUACGACCGGUGCUGAUCCCAUCGCUGGCGACCAACCGUGAGCGAUCCCACACACCAUACGGAGCAGGCGAUGAUGACGGCGAUUCUUCUCGAGUUGGAUACCUGCGCUCGCAACGGGCGUCUGCUGCAGCGUCCACUGUGCCCAGCAUCGGUGGACUGGUCGCUGCGCUCGACGACUACACCGACUCUGUCGCCAAGGAGCUGCAAGGACUGGAAAACAUCGAGACGCUUCUCGAGAACGUCGAUUCUGUGCGCCAGGACGAGUUGGACGAGAUUGCCCGCGAUGCACUCGGCGAAGUCACUGCCGGCGAGCUCUCCCCGGCUCAACGCCGUUCUGUAGCACUGCGUCAGCUGUGCGCCCGCAAAGCGACCCUUCGCGCUUCGUCGACGACCAAAUUGGACGCUGUCGAGCUCAUCCUUGUCCUCCUGAUCCGACACAUCGAGUUCUUCCGCACGCUCAACAAUGACCGCUCCACGCUACCUGCUCUCGGAGGAGCAAGGUCGUCCCCUGCGCCCCUGUUCGCAGGCGCAGGGGCAGGAUCACACUUUGACCGUACCACCCUCAUGCAGGGUUUGGCCGAGUCGCUUCUGCCUAUCGUCGACGACAAGAUCGGAUAUCUUUCGCUCCCACCUAGUCUCGUGGCCAACGCUAGGGAGAGGCAAAGCUUCCUCCAGAUGGCUGGCAGACGGUUGGCUAGCUUCUUCACCGAGGCUGAGCAGUAG